UUUUGGGGUGACCAUGUAGGUCUCAGUACAAUUUCUAGCUGGCAAAAAUGUUCAACUACUGGCCGCCGUGUUGAGGCAAAAUUCUGACAGACCAACCCCAGAGAAAAAGAUGGGUUGGCGAAUUUUUGUUUGAUUGCACUGGCCACAGGUGCGAAGGUGUGCACCACUAGGAAUGACGGGAUCGUUGAUCGAGCAAUCAUGUGAGGAUGCCACAAUCCCUCCUUGAAACCCGUGAAGCACCAGACAUUCCGUUGGACUGCUUUGUGAUGCUCACCGCAUGGAGGGACUCGACUCGAAAAGAGUCAAGCCUCAAGGGAAAGGACCGUUGCAUGUCACACUGCCACGGGCGUAAAAUCGAAAAGCGCCAGUGCUUGUGAUUUGGAAACGGGAUUUUUGCGUUGCACCAAAAACACUCCGCGAUUGCCCAUUUCAGGGCAGGCAAGCAACCACCACAACCACUGCAUGGUUAGCUUCACAAAACGAAAGACCCGUUGAUUGAAACGCAGACUUGUCGCGUCUUGCAAGGCUUUCGUUGGUGGUGUGACUGAUUGGAACAAUGGCAAAGGGACAAAAGCGCAAAAACGAGUCGGUAACCGACGAAAACCCAAAUCCAAAGGAGAAGAAAUCCUCCAACGAAGAGAAAGAGAAAGCUCUUCUCGGCAACUUGCUCAGGCACUUCAUGAAAGGCAACGAAAGUGUAUCUUUCAAGGAAUGUUCAGAGGACCUUGGCUUCAUGGAACGUACAAAAACGUGGCAGGCUGCGUGGAGAUCGUUGGCUCAGCAGCGACACAUCGAAGCACCAGAAGCCAACCCCAUUUAUGGCGCCCACAAGUUGACUGACCAAGGAAAGGAGUUUGGCGCAACAGAUGAGUACAAGGAGUUUUUAGAGGAUCAGAGGUACCAGCCCAAGACCAACGAAGAGCACCAGACGCGCCUCAAGAAGAGAUUGGAUAAGAAAUCGUAUGGAGAGAACCUCUUUGACCUUUUGCUGGAGCACGGAUCGCUGUCUCGUAAGGAAAUGUCGGGCAUUGUUGGCGUUGUCAGCGGGAGUCACAAGUUCAGUUACGGUUUCAAAGACCUCAAAGAUUUGGGGUUCAUGGAAAUCGACCCCGCUGACAAGAAGAAGUGGCGCCUCACCGAAAUGGUUUUCUUGAAUCCGGAAGACCGCCCCGAACAGAGUGAUCCGAAAGAGAUUGAAAUGCUCAUAGCUGCAACGGCAGGGGCCAAGAAAGCGAAGAAGACAGACCAGGAGAAGCCCAAGAAAAAGGCCGCAGCAAAAGAAAAUGCAAAAGAGAAGAAAGCAACCACAAAGGGGCGGAAAAAGAAGAAACAGUCUGGAGAGGCCGAAGAACAACAAUCCACAACCAUCGAAAGUCCCAUCGUGCACGACGCAGCAGGUUCCGAAAACGACGAAGAGAGCAACAACGAUGCAGCAAAGGGAGGUGACGAGAAGGUCAAGUCGAAAGAGCUACCAGAGGUGAUUCCAAGCGAGAUCUUCCUGAAAGAGGAUGCGUGACUGUGCACGGCCACUUCCCUUUUGAUGGAUAUUCUGACUUCAAUUCACGCUGCUGUUUGCACCAUAUGGCUUGUAUGUCAUAUUUGUAUCCAAGGGAUGAGAUAGCUCCUGUCCAGCCUUCUUGCUAUAGUUGUAAUCUUAGUAAGACUUCCGUGGUACCGGUACCAACCCUGGAGCCAGUAGUAGUUGAUCAACAGAGGUGUACAGUACCGGUACCGAUACGGUUGUAGCAACUACUUGUGUGACGAGAAUGUUUGACACGAAGCUUCCUGGCAAGUAAAACCAACUGCGAAGCACUACCGAUAGCUAGCUGCAGCUGGCCAGCUUUCACAAUGCGAAAAUGACGCCCAAGAAACUUUGAUUCACUCGACAAGAGAGGACUCCACACCACGUUGACUUGGAAGAGUGCUCCAUGGUGCCUUCAAGCUCCAAGUUCCCUCUGCCCAAACCCCCC